UAAUGUAUUAUUAUUAUCAUCUUAAAAAUGGAUGUUGAAUUUGUUAUUCCAUUAAAAAAGGAAGAUCUUUUAAAACCUACUGAUGGACAAUAUUGUGUAGAAUUAUUGGAUCUAAAUGAGGCAUAUAAAAAAAUAAGAGAUAUAAGGAAAGAUUUUGCAAACCGAGGAUGUAGUUGCAUAACAGAAAAUUUUGAUGUAAUAUUUUCAUUGUUACAAGAUUCUCAAGAAGUUUCCUUUAAUCAGCUACAAGAAUUAUGGGAUUCCGUUAUUUUCAUAAUUAUUGAAGACUUGCGGCGGUUUGUUACCGAAUCAUUGCAAAGUGGAGAUUCUUCACUUCAUCAAAGUAAAUUAAACUUGCUAAAAAUGAAUAUGUACAUAAUUUCAUUGUUUAUCAAAACUUAUGAAGAAAAGUUAUGCUAUCAAUCAGAUAAUUUCAUUGUUGAUAAAAAAGGGAAAGCUUCUAAAAGUAAAGCUAAGGUUUCAAAAUAUGAAACGCCAUGGGAUUGGAAUUCAAUUAAAAAAACUGCUUUUACAUCACUAAGUGGAGUUUUAGAAGAAGAUUUACAUCAAUUUUGGGAUCCCCCUGUUGUUGAAGAAAAAUUCGUUAAUUUAUUGGCCAAUUGUUGUUACAAAGCAUAUGAGAAUGCAGAAAUCACACAAGCUAAAAUGAAGCCAGUUCGUGAUGCAGCUGCUCAGAUUUUAGCAGUUCUAGUGAAUCGUUACAAUCAUGGAAUGACAUUUAUUCCAAAGUGUGUUCAGCUGUUAAAACAAUACGAACAUGCUGUCAGUGCUUUGUCUAGUGCUGUGCUUGUUAUGGUGAUUGACUUCAAGUGUACUUCACUUCUUGCAAAAGUUUUAAAUGAGUUGAUUACUACAAUCAGAGAUGACGAUGUCCAAGGUAUGGGAAAGGCAGUUGCUGCAUUUAUAAAUAGUAUAUCAGAUUCAAACCCAGAACUUCUGAUUCCUUCAAUAAAUAUAUUAACUAGUUGUUUGGCUUUUGAGCCAUAUGUAUUGAGAAAUGCAGUGCUAGUCACUUUUGCGGAUAUUAUUCUGAAACGUCUUUCAUCAGAUGAUUUACCAGAAGAUGAAAAAAAGAUCAGAUCAAAUCUCCUUAAAUACCUUCUCAAUCAUCUCCGUGAUCAAAGUUCAUAUGUCAGAUCUAAGGCUCUGCAACUCUGGUCUAAAUUAGCCAGUGAACAUGCGAUUCCAAAAAUUACUCUUAUGCCAGUUCUUCGAACUGCUAAAUCAAGGUUGACAGAUGGUAGCAGCCAUGUUGUUAAAAGUGCAAUCCAAUUUUUCAAAACUAUCUUGAAAGACAAUCCUUACGCUGGAAUGUUUAAUUUAUCUGAUAUGAGAAAUCAGCUUGCCAAAGCUAAAGAAAACUUGAAAGCUAUGGAAGCCAAAGAAGUUCAUUCAAAGGAGGUUCUGUGGAGCCUCAUUGAACCAGAUCUAGUCAUUCAACUGAAUGUACAGCUUGAAUCAGAUAAGGAAAUAGAAAGUGUUCCUGAAUCUGAUGGAGUUUCUGUGGAAGAUACGAUGAUUAUUAUUGCUCGUCUUCUUCAAAAUAGACAUUUCAGUGAUGCUUUUACCCUCCUUAGAAUUUGUGAAGUACAGUUUCCCAAUGCAAAAGAAAUUAGAUGCAAUGUUGACCGUUCAGAUUUAGUUGAGUAUUACAUUGCUUCUCUUAAAAAAAUAUUUUUUACCUGCACUGAUAACUUCAACCCUCAGAUGGAAGAAAAUGAUCAGCAGAAGUUAAUGAUCCAGUACAUGGAGGAUGCUAUAGCAUUUGUAUUGCUGAUGGCUGAAGCUUCGAAAGACGUCGAGCUUUCUCUUUACAGCAGUAGUACUAUGGAAGCAACAGAAGCAAUUGAAUUUUUUACUACUGCCUAUCAGUUUAAUGCUGCAGAUUCCAGGCGUGUGAUUAGACAGAUGAUUCUUCUAAUAUGGUCCAAAGUACCUGGCCUAAAAGAAGCUAUCAUCGGUGCUUAUAAAACUUUGUACGUUAUUUCAAACAAGCCAUCUGCUAAGGGAAGAGCUAUGCAGGUCUCAAACAGGCUCAUUAAAUUGUUGAAGGAGGCAGAUAAUGAGCAAAAAUCAGCUAUGGAAGAAUUAUUUCGUAUUUGGUAUCAAAACGGUGAUUUAGACAAGGAAUUUAUACAGGUGCUUUGGGAAAAAUUUUCAAAAAUGUAUCCUCAAACUACCGAUGAAGAUAGUGUUGCAGCGAUAAUGAUUUUAGACAUGAUAGCUGAGAAAAAUCCUCAGCUGGUCAUGCUUAACCUUCAUAUUCUGAUCGAAAAUGGACUUUCAGAUUCGAAAAAUUUAAUGUUGGUUGAGAACGUUUGUAAAAUGAUUAGUAAAAUUUCUGAUGUGAAGGUGGAAAAUAAAUAUACUAGGUUACAUUCUGAUCAUGAAGUAUUUUCUAAAGCUUCAGAUAUAAUCAUAAGUAAAUUUUUAGACACAUCUUCAAAAGGUUUUAUUCCUAUGGCGACUUCUGUAGUCAAAAUGAUUUUUAAGCUCUGUUGUUAUCCCGUGAAAAUAAUGGAUUCUGUCAUGGAAAAAUUGUAUAAGAUAUUUGUUGAAGAAAGUGAUAAAGGAAAAGGUGAAACUGAGAAAGAAGGGAUAGCUUACAAUGAACACCUUUUGGGAAAUCUUCUCCAUCUAUAUGGAGAAUCAAUGUUUAGAAAAUGGCAGUAUUUUGAUCGAGAUGUUUUUAAUAGUUUAAAAAAAGAUGUUAAUGUACAAUCACAAGGAAAUGAAUCAAUGUCCUUGGAGGAUGAAUUAGAUACAGAAAAUAAAGAAGCUGCCAAUGAUGCUUUAUUAAAUUCUGUAAAUGAAAUCUGUGAAAAUUUGUUAUUCUUAGAAUCAUCUCUAGAUUCUCAUUUACGGGAAUUAGUUGUGAAAAUUUGUUUUGGUUUGGAAUGUUCUGUAUCCAAAAAAUUGGCAACUAUUGCUGCAUCGACGUUGGCAAAGCUUAUGAUGAUAUCUCAUUCUUUUUGUGAAAAUAACAUGCAGGUUUUUGUUACAAUCAUGGAAAAAUCUCCCGAAGAAACAGUUAGAGCUAAUGUAGUCAUGGGAUUUGGUGAUAUCAUUAACAGAUGGCCUAACAUUGCUGACCCAUGGACUAGUCAUCUUUAUGGAAGAUUGAAAGAUAGUUCUGUUCUUGUAAGAAGCAAUACUGUUACAGUACUUAGCCAUUUAAUAACAAGGGAAAUGAUUAAAGUAAGAGGACAAAUAGCUGAACUUUGCCUAUGUUUGGAAGAUCCAGAACCCCAUAUUUCAGAUCGGGUUCGUUAUUUGUUAAUAUCACUCUCUCAAAAAGGAAACACAUUGUACAACGUUGUCCCUGAUAUAAUAUCUCGUUUGUCAAAUCCUGAUCGUGAUGAAAAGAUUCCAACUUCUUCAUUUAAUCGGAUAUUAAGUUUCGUUCUUAGUUUGUUGGGAAAAGAAAGGCAAAACGAUCUUCUUGUUGAAAAGUUGUGCAGUAGACUUCAAGAAUCAAACGAUGAAGCUCAGUGGCGCCAGCUCUCUUUCUGUCUGUUACAACUAAAUUAUUCAGAGAAGAGUUUGAAAAAAUUGAUUGAUUCAAUACCUAUGUUACAUGAGCGUCUUUUAUGUUCUGAAGUUUAUUCAGCCCUUCAGUCAAUCUUUAAUACUGCUCUCAAGUCACACUUUACCAAACCUCAGUUGAAAGAAUUGGCUACUGAAGGACAUUCACUACUAGAAGAAAUAUUAAUGGGAAAAGACGGAACUCAGAAGAAAAAUGAUGAUGAUACAUUUAUUGAACCGAAAACUCCUAGAAUACCGCCACCACGGUCUGAAAGAAGGGUCAGAUCAUCAGCCAAGAAAACAGAACCUAGUACUCCUCGGACUUCUCGUCUGAGAACACCGAGAGCUCGAAAGCUGUAGACUUAUCAUAUAUGACUUCUCAGAAAUCAUUUUUAAACAAUGAAAUAAUGCGUAAAUGAUCUUUUAAUUUAUGAAAAUGUGUUUAUAGUUUUUUAUUUCUAUUUCAUUUUAUAAUUGUAAAUAUUUUUUUGGAUUUGUACAGAUAUUAAAGUUAUUUGUGUCCUGUUGAUUUUUUUAUUCAAAUGUUAUAUAAAAAUUUACCUUGUUAUAAUUUUAAAUGAAGACAAAAUAAAUUGACUGAAAAACAAGAUAGGAAUAAAAUGUAUUGAACUUUUUCUUUGAAAACAUUUCUGUUAUUUUGUCUUGCUAGAUAUUUGAUUAGAAUUCAGUUUUAAAUUAGUAUUUAAUGUUAGAAUUUUGUCGUAUUACUUCAUAAAAUCAUCUUGAAAUUAAAUCUGUAUGUUUCGUAAUAUGUUUUAGGAAAGAAAUAAUCAUUCUGUAUAACCAUGGCCUCACAUGAAAAUCUCUAAUCCAAAAGCUCUUAAUUGAAAAUUGGCAGCAGUCCUCUAAAUAUGUUAAAUACCAAUAUAUCUACCAAUUUUUAAGCUGCAAAGCAUUCAGAUAAACAUUCGGUUAUCAUGAAAGGCUAUCUUUUUUUUUAAAUUUAAUUUCCAGUAAUUAGAUAUUUUAAUAUUUA